AUGAAUCUGAGAGAAAGAAGUAAGAUAGGAAUAGAGUAGUUCAAGCUAUGGGAGCUAGGAAUUGAUGAAAAAUAAAUUGUCCACGGUGGAGAUGUUAUUACUUACGUCUAGCCUACUCUGAAUUAAAAGCUUAGCAAAAAGUGGGAGCUUAAGGGCAAUUUCCAAAAGAAAAAAGAGGAAGAAGAUGAGAAAAAUUAAUUUGUUUACUCUAAGAAAUUGGAGCUAGGCUUACAAUAUCAUGAAGACAAGUAGAAAUAGCAAGUAGAUACAUUUGAUUGGAAUUAAGAUGUGUGCCUUACAAGCACUGUCUAAAGUCCAAUCAAGUUGAGUGUGGCUGGGCUAUCCUCAUAUAAUAUGAAGGCUAAGUUAUCAUUAAAUUAUCAAGAUCUCUUCAAUAAAUAUCUCUUCAGGACUGCAGACAAAUAUUAGAUGUUCAUUAAUCUAACUGUAAAUGAUGGAAAUGUUACAUUUGUUGAUGAAUUCUGGAAUGAAUAAUUUUUUGGCUUAGAGAAUAUUUUCUUUAAAUAUAAGUCUGAGCAUUAUCUAGAAAAUGUUUAGCAUACGCUAGAAAUGUAAUUGAUGCACAGAAGUCCAACUAAUCCUAAAAAAAUGCUAGCCAUAUCAGUUUUUUUUAAUUCUGGGAUGGACUUCGAUAAUGAAUUCAUGCAGGAGCUUGAUCCAAGACCUACGAAUAUUGGACAGCCAAGGAAAAGACUAUCUUUAGCCACAAAGUUAUUUGAUAAUUUCUAUGGUAAUUUCUUUUAUUACAAUGGAAGUUUAACAUAACCACCUUGCUCUGAAAAUGUCUAAUGGUUUAUCUACAAUGUCCCCAUCCAGAUUUCUACUUUUUAUAAUACACAACUUUUCUCAAUGAUUGGAGAUGCUACAUAUGGAGGAAAUUAUAGAGCCCUUUAAACCCAGACAACAAGAAAUAUACAGCUACUUUUUUCAGACGAGUCAUCUCUUCCUAAUGCUUUUAACUAUAUACAAUCUAUAUUGAAUUGCUUUUGA